AUGCAAAUACUCAUUUGUGGACUUUCUUCUGUGGGCAAUCAUAACAAAUAUUUGCCCUUAGUUGACAUCAAAGCCCACACAGAGAUCCUGGCCCUCAACUCUCGCACGAAACUCACUCAAACUUUCAUCAAUCCGUCUAAUGACACCAUUCCUGAAUUACAAUACACUUUUCCUCUUUACGAUGGUGUCAGUGUCGUCAGUUUCAAUUGCCAAAUUGGUGAUAGGUUGAUUAAAGGUCAAGUUAAGGAACGAUUCCAAGCCAGAACUGAAUUUAAUGACGCUGUCGGCCAGGGCAAGGCUGCCGUGCUUUUGGAGCAGCUUCCCGAUGCGUCGGAUGUCUUCACUAGCUCGGUUGGUAAUGCGCCUCCAGGGUCGACCAUUCUUGUCGAGAUCACGUUCAUUGGUGAGCUCAAACACGAUGCGGAAAUCGAUGGUACUCGUUUCACUAUCCCCACGAAAAUUAUGCCACGAUAUGGCCAAUAUCCAGUGGAGCUCUAUACGGGUGUCCAUGUCCAAAAGGCUACAGGGGGUAGCCUUCAGGUCACAGUUGAUAUUAUCAUGCCCGACCAAAAACCUAUUCAACAAAUCCAAUCACCUAGUCACCCUAUUGCUGUUUCUAUCGGCACCACUUCUAUCGCUCCCAACGCCACGCCCACUAUGUCUAAAGCAUCGGCCACACUUAGUCUUGGUAGAGCAGAACUGGAUAAAGAUUUCGUCAUUCAUGUCUUGGCCAAGGACACAGGCGAUCCUAGUGCUAUCCUUGAGACCCAUCCUUCUAUUCCUAACCAGCGGGCUCUGAUGACCACGCUUGUCCCUCGGUUUCAACUUCCUCCAGAGAAACCAGAAAUUAUCUUUGUCUGCGACCGCAGCGGCAGCAUGCAAGGAACAGCGAUUUCAUUAGCAAGAUCAGCAUUAAAUGUCUUCUUGAAGAGCUUGCCUGUCGGUGUAAAGUUCAACAUUUGCUCUUUUGGCAGCAACUACUCCUUCCUCUGGGAUAAAAGCCAGAUAUAUUCUCAAAACACAUUGGAUCAAGCUAUCAAUUAUGUAAAGAAGAUGAGGGCCAACAUGGGGGGCACGGAGAUGUUUCCGUGUAUCAAAGCGACAGUGGAAAAACGAAGCCAGGAUAUGCCUCUGGAGAUCAUGUUGCUUACCGAUGGUGAGAUAUGGAACCAAGAUCAGCUCUUUUCGUACUUGAAUAAAGAGGUUAUGGAGAGCAAGAUGCCAAUCCGCGUCUUUACUUUGGGUGUUGGUAAUGGUGUCUCUCAUGCACUGAUCGAAGGUGUUGCCAAGGCUGGAAAUGGGUUCUCGCAGGCUGUGGGCGAAGGCGAAAAGAUGGACAAGAAGGUGGUUCGCAUGCUCAAGGGUGCACUCUCACCUCAAAUUACCAAUUACACGCUGGAGGUGAAGUACGGCGAUGCUACCGAAGAGAACAGCGGCAAGGCGAAUGAGGAUGACGAAGGGUUUGAGAUGGUUGAAAGAGUGACAGACAGCCUUGAAGUCAAACUAAAUAUUACGAAGGAAAAGAAGCCGAUUUCUCUCUUUGAAAAGUCUAUUGACCUUGAUAAGACCCCCUCCGAUGGCGACGAGGACCUGCCACAAUUGGCCCCUCCAAAGCUGUUGCAGGCGCCACAUGUCAUUCCUCCACUCUACGCUUUCAACCGAACAACUGUAUAUCUUCUCAUGGGCCCUGGGUCCAACCCAAGGACUCCAAAAUCUGUAAUCCUUCGCGGAGAGUCAUGGAGAGGCCCACUUGAGCUUGAAAUCCCCAUCCAAGUGCUUGAUACUCCUGGAGAAACCAUUCACCAGAUGGCUGCCAGGAAGGCUAUUGCAGAACUUGAACAGGGCCGUGGCUGGAUUACUCAGGCCAAGGACGACAAAGACACUUUGAUCAAGGUCAAAUUUGGUGGGGCGGUUUUUGAACGCUUGGUUGAAAAAGAGGCAGUUCGCUUGGGUAUUCAAUACCAGAUCUCAAACAAAUGGUGUUCGUUCGUUGGAGUCGAGGAUACGUCUCAAAAUAGGGCAGUAGGCAGUAAUAACAGCACAGGUUGGAAUAUAUCCUCACCGCCAGCCUACAACUAUGUCAUCUCAGCGCCUUCCCUCCGUAGUCAAGCUUCACCUCAAGCUCCUCCAUCCCAGUCUCAGCCUGACCCUAAAUCAAUCCCUGGCUCUGGCUCCUCAAGAUCACGCCAGUGGAGUGAACCUUCAGGAAGCUACGCAGAAGAGGAAGACGAGGAUGAAGAAAUGACCAUGUGCCAUUUCGCUGAAGUAUCAAUCAAUACAUCUUCGUCUGGUGUUGCAUCAGAGCAUCAUUUGAAAGGAUUACUCGCGUUACAAACAUUUGAGGGAUCAUGGAAAUGGGAGUCAGCACUGUUCUCUUGCCUUGGUCUCAAGCCUGAUGAAGUUGCAAAGCAGCUGGCAGUCAAGGAUACCAAAAACAACGCCUCUUCUUCAAGGGCGACAGCUGUGGCAACUGCUCUUGCCAUCAAGUUCUUUGAGAAAAAACUGGCCAGUGAAAAGGAUAUCUGGGACCUGGUUGUCCAAAAGGCCAGAUUAUGGAUAGAGGAGCACAUGGGAGCGGCCCAAGCAGUAGAUCUUUUGAACAGAGUCGAUGAACUCAUUAAGUAA